UUGACAUAUAUAAGUGCUCACUUACCAUUCAUUCCUGCUUUGUUUCCUCUCUAGAACUUCUAGAGAAAACAAAGAAAGAAAAGAACCACAGUUUCCUUUUCUCCUCUGCUUGUACUACAAUGCCUUUGCAUUAAUAGCACAAAUCUCGUUCACUCUUUUCUGUCUCUGUCUCCGAAAACUAAGAAGAACCCAGAAAAAACCCACCAAGAAAAUAUGGUUCUUUUGCCUUUUCACUUCAACUCAUGGGUUCGUUCAGUUUCAGUUUUGCUUGUUUUCUUGAUGAUUUUUCACACGCCGUUAAAGAUGUCGUCUGCUAUUCGUUCUUUUCCCAAUAAUGGCGGUUGGCCUACUGAAACGGAGUUUGGGUUCACUGAAGCACCGGAGUACCGGAACGGCGUGGAGUGUCCUGUGACUAGCGACGAAACGCUGACGUUUUGCAAUCCGUCUUUGGUUCAUGUAGCGAUGACUUUGGACCUGGAGUACCUUCGGGGCUCCAUGGCCGCUGUUCAUUCGGUUCUCCGCCACGCGUCUUGUCCGGAACACGUUUUCUUCCACUUCGUCGCAGCCGAGUUUGACCCGGCUAGUCCUCGGGUCCUGACCCGAAUAGUCAGGUCCAUAUUCCCUUCUCUCAACUUCAAAGUCUACAUCUUUAGGGAGGAUAGCGUUGUCAACUUAAUAUCAUCUUCAAUACGAUCGGCACUUGAAAACCCGUUGAAUUACGCCCGAAACUACCUGGGUGACAUGAUUGAUCCGUGUGUGAAGCGGGUUAUUUAUUUGGAUUCGGAUGUGGUUGUCGUGGAUGACGUAAAGAAGCUCUGGGACGUUCAGUUAAGUGAAUCGCGGGUUAUUGGAGCGCCGGAGUACUGCCACGCGAAUUUUACAAAGUAUUUCACGGAUUAUUUCUGGUCCGAUCCGGUUUUAUCCCGGAUAUUCGGGUCCAAGAACCCGUGUUAUUUUAACACGGGGGUAAUGGUGAUGGAUUUGGUCAAAUGGAGAGAAGGUAACUACAGAAGGAAAAUAGAGAAUUGGAUGGAGGUGCAGAAGAAGAAGAGGAUAUAUGAGCUGGGGUCGUUGCCGCCGUUCUUGCUAGUGUUUGGUGGGAAUGUGGAGCCCAUUGAUCACAGGUGGAACCAGCAUGGGCUAGGUGGGGACAAUGUCAAGGGCUCUUGCAGGCCUCUCCAUCCUGGUCCGGUGAGCCUGUUGCACUGGAGCGGGAAGGGUAAACCAUGGGCGAGACUCGAUGAGAAGAAACCUUGUCCUUUGGAUUAUCUAUGGGAGCCUCAUGAUUUAUACAAGCCUAAUCAACAGAGAAGAGUGAAGCUACAUCAACAGCUACAGCAGGGGAUGAAUUUGAUUGGAUAUUCCAAUUAUUUGAUUUGAUUUGAUUUUUUUUUCCCACAUUUUUUUGGCAUUUUCAAUUUUUUUUCCCUUUUUCCAGCAUGGUGAUUCAGAGAUUCUUUGAUAGCUAUGUACAGAUUGAUUAGUUGGGAGGAAAA